UUAUGUGAUCAAAAUUUUUUUCAUUUGCCAACUUUAAAUUUAUCUUUUCAACUGAAUUUUAAACAGAUAAUAAACAUCAUGUUAUAAACAUCAAAAAAUGGGAUUUUUCGUCUGCUUGAUUUUUGUAUUAAAUUGUCUUAAAGUGUCCGAUGCCAGUUCCAUAGACAACAACCCAGGAUCUGUCAGUAUACAUGAGAAUUAUGAUGGAACACACACCAUGUGGGGCAUUGCAGCAACAUGUUAUGUACGAUACACUACCUCAUACCAGUGUAGUACUAUACGUUCUCAAAGUUGUGGUUGGUGGGGCUGGAGUACAUGUUAUUACUACGUUGCAAAAACGUGUUACAGGCAUGCAUUCACAGAUGUCGCAUGCAACCAGUUCUACAUAAAUUCAGACCCUUCAGGAAACUUCCAGAUGAGUGGUUUCGCCGUUCAGAAGAAGACAUGUACAUCACCUUAUUGUGGUCCAACGUGUAACGCUGAUGGAUGUCUCAACAAUGGUGAAUCUCAUACUGUAGGUGUAACAGCUUAUAGAACUGGAUAUGAAACAGAUGGUUCUGUUUCUGGAUCGUUCACGGUCAACGUAUAUGCAGCCAAUCCUCCAACAUUUUACUACAGUUCUGGGAACUCGAUUAGUGUAUCUCACGACACGGCUGGUAUAGGAACCGUCAUCAACACAUUGGUCCCAUCCUUUAUAGAUAACGGUCACGAUUAUGAUUACAUACGAUAUCGUCAGAACAGCGGGCCAGGCAAUUCAUACAUACACGGGACAUCCGAUCUUUUCUAUUUGGACACAUCUAACGGACAGGUGAAAGUUGGGAAAGAUUUGACUAUGGAAUUUUCUUACUAUUUUAAUAUGAACUUAUGCGUUUAUGACAGAAGGCACAGGGAGGUUUGUCAUGAUCUCAACAUUACAUUAUGGGCGUGUUUUCAAACGCCAACAUGCAAUGACCAAUCAGAUAAUAGCAUUAUUGAUACAUAUGGAACAUACACAUAUGGUCACGGUGGAAGCAGUAACACGAUUUUCAACAUGGACUAUCCACAACCAACGGAACAUUUCCCAGCAUUCAGUUCUGUAUGGCAUAAACUCACGUGGACUUUUGAUUUGAACGAAUUCCCGGAAGCAGCCAUUAAUUCUGAUACAGGGGAAAUUUAUAUUACUCGGAAUAUCAGCAUAUGGCCAUCAUGGCCGACACAAGAUUACAACCAAGUGGUACGGGUGGCCAACUCCGAGUCCUGUUAUACAACAACAUGUAACUUUAAAGUUCGAAUCCACUAUACAAACUGGCCAAUAGACAUCCGAAGUUUGCCUACAACCUAUUAUCUUCACGAGGAUUAUGAUUGGGAGAUACACAUUCAUUCAUUAAUCACCUAUGAUUAUAAUUAUUACUGGGAAGACAAUGUCACGUGCCAGAUAAUCAGUUGGUCCCCUAGUGAGGCUGAUAUGUUUGAGCUUAGACAUGACGGGCGACAUGCCUAUAAUUCAUACAACCUUUAUAAGCUAAGAUGUCAGACACCAGGAUGUGGUUACAAAUACCAACAACCCAGGGCUUACUACUGUGAUACUGAUAUCGGUUGUUUAACUCACAACCGGACUCAACAAUAUACCGUGACAAUACAGUGUUGGGACGGGUACAACUCAACCGACGUUGAGGUCUUUACGUUUCGUGUUGUUAAAAAUGCAGUGCCUGCCUAUAGGCAUUUACCGACCCACAUUGAUCUCAAUCGACAAACAGUGUCAUAUCUAGACAACAUUUUCGAGAUUAUGUACUCAGACGCUGAAAACGAAAACUUGAUUUAUGAAUAUACAUACCAAGACGUUGAUACCAAUAUUGAUCCGAACUACUUUCUUGGAACAACUUGGGGAAAUUAUUACAAUCAACUAGGAAACAUAACCAUGACGACAUAUCUAUGGGAUAAGGAAGUCAACAAAACUUACAGGAUUCAUGUUUGUGGUCACGAGAGGAGGAACGAGAUUUGUGAAGAUCUUACGAUCGACGUAGAAGAAUAUUGCAGUGCCACGCCUCAAUGUAAUGAUGCCACAUUUUCCACGAAUACCGAGGCUAGUGUAGGGGACGAAAUGUUUGACAUAUCAUCUCUGGUCGUCGGCGGUCCCUUUAAUGACCUCAGUUAUUCUAUAAAGUCACAAUCAUCCUCAUUAUUUGCACUUGAUUAUUUAACAGGAUCUGUAACUUUGGCAGAAAAGUUCGAUGAAAUAUUUGACUCGAGCACGUAUUCGAUAAUUGCUUACGUUUACAACGAAGGAGCGUGCAGUUAUGCCCAGUGUCAAAUUAGUAUUAUAGUGACUGCCGUCAAUUACCCGGUUGUGAUAACAAAUUUGCCAGCGACUGUUCCUAUAUCUGAGGACACAACAACAACAAAAACAUUGUUUACAGUGGUUACAUCUGAUGAUAAUAUUGCCGAUACGUACACGUGCGCAAUUGUCAACACAAUGUCAGUGGAACCUUUCUACCUUGAUAGGGAUCCACCUGUAUCUGGAGAUUAUGCAAUACUUAUCAGAGAGAACGGUGGGUUGUCGUCUGCUACAACAACUUAUUCCGUGUCAAUCGAGUGUACGGACAGUCAUAGUGGAAGUGAUACAGACGUACUAACAAUUACUAUAACACUGAACGAAGCUCCGACUUUCACAGGGUUUACAACCGCGACGCCAAACAGUUUUAAUGCAGAUCCAAUGAAUUAUAAGGUUGGUGACACACUAUAUACAGUGGCCGCUACAGACAAUGAAGGAGAUGAUCUUAUCUUUACAUGUACUAUAGCCAACUCGCAAGUACCUUAUGAAUGUGAAACAGAAGCAACAUCUGUGAAGUUAAAGAUAAAUCGGGAACUAAGAAUAGUUGAUGAUGAUGGUCAGACAUACAGUGUCCAGAUUUGUCUUAAAGAUCCGAAACAUGCUGACCAAUGUGGAGAUCUAGAUGUCACAUUUACACGAGAUAAAACUCACCCAGAAAUAACCAACUUACCACAUUCAGAAUCGUUUCCGGAGGAUACCUCCGUCGGAACGGCUUUAUUCACGGCGGCGAUAUCAAACCCUGACGUCGGCGAAACAACUACCAUUACUGUCAGAAUUGACCCGACUUCAGAACUAUCUGUAUUUACCUUGGAUACAUCAAAUGGAAUUUUGACUCUUGGUCAAUUUCUUGACUUUGAACGUGUCAAUAGCUACAUGUUCACGUUCUCCGUGAGUGAUAACUAUCUUGACGGACUAGCGGAGAAAACUCUAAAACUUGCAGUGACAAACGUCAAUGAAGGCAACUCAAUCAGUGCUACAACAACUACUAUAUCAUUUACAGAAGAUACGGCAGUGGGCACCGAACUAUCAGAUCCUGGAUUGUCUUGCACUGAUAUAGAUGGUGACUCAACACAAUAUGCCAUACAGAUUAAUGAUCAUUAUGACUACUUUAGUAUUGACAGUAACAAUGGUCAUAUCUCGUUGGCAAAAGUAUGGGACUUGGAGGAUUCAAGCACAGAAUUACCUUCAUCGACAUCUCUGAUAAUAAGUUGUACGGAUCCUGGCGGUCUUAGUUCAACAACAGCGAUAACAGUGAACGUAGAAGAUGUCAACGAUCACGCACCUGUUCUUUUAAUUGAUGCAGGUUUCAGUCAACCUAUUGCGGUAAUUAAUUUUUGA